CUUUUACACCUAUCCGGAGACAAAACAUUUACACCAACCCCAUCGAGAUUCCUGCUGCGGCCCGGCUUUUACGAUCAGUACCCAAUUUAGCCACACUUGUUACUCUCUUUUCAUGUUUUUUCAAAGACAAUAUAAAGAUUGUGGUGUAUUUUAGAAUAUCAUAAAAUAAGGAAAAUGUCCCUGUCUGCAAAUGAACGGAAGGUGUUUUGGCAGAACCACAAAGACAGUUUGAACAGAAUUCGAUAUCAGCUUGAUGAUCAAGAACCACCACUGAUUUCACCUGGAGGAUCUGGAAGAAAACACAAUCAUUCACCAUUAGGGCUGUAUAGGAAACCAUCACCAUCACUUUUGCCAAGAAUUGACAGUCCUGAUAAUGAUGGUUACAGACCAAAGAUCAGAGGAAGUCGGUAUGACAUUGUCCCACCUCUGAACAACAGAACCCCUGAAUAUGACUCAUGGGGAGAAGAGUCAGAUGAGGAAUGGGAAGAUGGGUUAGAGCAUGUCAUGCCUCUUCCAUAUCCUUACCCUAUUUUGGGAUAUCCAGCAUAUCAUACUUCAGGUGGAUACCAUCCUCCACCUAUCAUGUAUGGAAAUCCAUUUCCAGUGUACUACCCUCCUCCACCAGCUUAUAAAGAGAGGAGAAAAAGAAAAGAUGGAGGCGAAAAAAAUGUGGAAAUGUUAGAAGUCCAUCAAUCAUAUCCUGCUGGAAGAAAAUCUAAAAGAGUAACAGCUGUUCAACUGCCAGUGAUGCAUAGAAAAACAAAGGGGCUUGAAGAAAUUGAACCAAAGAGUAAAAAGGAUUUAACCAAAAAGUACAAGUACAUAUACCCCAGAGAUUCGCCUUAUGUACCAAAUCUUAAUGAGAGUUACGUGAAUACACGGUACAGGAAUGAACAAGAGCCUUUGGUUUAUUUUUACUUCAAAGAACACCCUUUAUUUGCUGAAAAUUUUGCAGACUGGCUAAUCCUGGACUUGCUUGACGAAAUAAUACCAGAUACUCUAAUUCACGCAUUUACAUCAACUGACAAAUUGGCAUUCGAUACAAAAUCUUAUGCACCAACAAUUAUUGGUGAUGACAUUGUUGAUGAUGUUGUGAAAUCGAUGACCAGGGAAGCUGUUCGUGGAGGUCUCAGUGAAAUGGUUAAUGAAUAUCUUGGCAACAGCACAAAUUUUGCAGAAUCAGGGGAUCCAUUAACAAGAUUUUUAGAUAAACUUUUUGAAGAAGCAAUUCAAGAUUCAACUGAAGAAGUUGUUCGGGACACAGUAAGAGAGUUAGCAAGUGACCAUAUGAGCGUAAAUUCAACAGCAGCUGUGGUGGAUGACCUUUUGCUUGAUCAUUUACAGGAUAUUGAAGGAGAAAUGGUUGAUGAUGUUAUUCUUGAAGUUAUCUUAGAAGAAUUCAUUAACACUUAUGUUAUUGAGCCUGAGAUGGAAGAAGAAAUAUCUGAGAUAGCAAAGGAAGUCCUAGAGCACUACGAUACAAAGAUAGAAAAAAAAGAGUUAAGAGAGAUAUCUAAAAAAGCUGGGAACAGGCUUAUGGAAUCAAUUUGUCUUGAAUAUUUACUGUCACUUAUAUCCAGACAAGGAAAGGUUUGGAAUGAAAGUGAUCACGCUAAUAAAUUCCUUGAUGAUGUGAUAUUAAAUAUUCUGGUAAGCCAAUACACAAAUGUCAUAAUCAAUAGGGAGAAGACUAUUUCCAAUCAGUCCUUAAAAAAACUACAUGAGAAAGUAGUGAGUGAUGUUGCUUUGGAUUUGCUUUUACAACAGUUAUCAAGUUCAUUAGAUGAGGAUCUGGCUGAUGUUGAUGAAUAUGAACGUGGUAUUGAUGAAUACAACUCCACCAGUUAAAGUACAACUGAUUAGAAAACUCAUCGAACAAAAUAUAAUUUUGAAGAAAUUAUAUCAAGAUAUACCUGUAGGAUAUUAAAUUGGAAAUAUUUUUGCACUGAAUACUAAAAUCUUAGUUUCUCUUGAAAUGCAGUGUUGUCUAUUGCUUCACAACCCUAAUUAAGUCACAUUAAUCACCCAAUGACUAAUGCAAUAAAUUUCUGUUCAUGGUUUUGUAUUGGUUUCUUGUCAAUGGUUCGUCAAAACUGUUGAAUUUUGAAUAAAUUCUUUUUAAAGAUUUA